AUGGAUCUUCCGCCACUUUCGACUCGACAUGGCAUGGCAUAUUCAGACAACAUCAUCGACAGACGCCCUGACGACGACUUCGCACACCAACAAUCUUCGAGCAACCACGAGGCAGAUUCCGCCUCUGCGAUACAUAUGGUGCGGCACAAAAGCUUGGAAUUCUUCGGGAGAUUUAGGAUUGUGUCUGGGCACGGAAAAGAGAUCAUCUACCUCCGAGCCACCGGUGGUGAGGUUGGUGCCUCCUCGGCGCUUGCCCCCAAGAUUGGUCCUCUUGGUCUUUCGCCCAAGAAGGUCGGUGAAGACAUUGCCAAGGCCACCGGCGACUGGAAGGGUCUCCGCGUCACUGUCCAGCUUACCGUCCAGAACCGUCAGGCUGCCGUCUCGGUCGUUCCCUCGGCCUCGUCGCUCGUCAUCAAGGCGCUCAAGGAGCCCCCUCGUGACCGCAAGAAGGAGAAGAACAUCAAGCACGGUGGCAACAUCCCCCUCGACGAGAUUGUCGAGAUUGCCCGCAAGAUGCGCUUCAAGUCGUUCGCCAAGAGCCUCGCCGGUACCGUCAAGGAGAUUCUCGGCACUGCUCAGUCCGUCGGCUGCACCGUCAACGGCCAGAACCCUCACGCCAUCAUCGAGGGCAUCGACGCUGGCGAGAUCGAGAUCGACGACGAGUAA